AAGGCUCUAACCAUCCAAAACUACGUCGUUUGCUUGAUCACAUUGGUUUUGAUUUGGUGCUUUACUUCAAAUCUCGUAUCAAGUGGAUACGAGGAAGUACGAAGACACUGCGUCAGAACACCUAUUAGCCACCGCCGCCGUUCUCCUUCAUCAUCAUUCACUGUCGCCCUCGCUUUCUUCUCCACUUCGAAGCCAUUGACGUCGAUCGGCCAUCAUCGAGGCAGACUGCUGUGACUGAACUGGAGGAGGAAAGCAAUUCUAAUUAGCUGCCCACCUUUCUCUCUUUGUCCAAGUCGCUUCGACUAAUACUUCUUGGUCAGGUCAAGCUAGAUCAGCCCAACUGAAAAGUUGUGAUAGACCUGGAAAAUGGCAGACAUAUGGAUUUGGCUGUGAUCCAUUUUAUGGUAAUCUCACUCACAACGAUAAGACAAGGGCAUUCCCUCGCAAAGAACAAAGGGUGCAACUAAUAGGGGUUCCUGGGAUUCUGGGACACCAACAGCAGCUCCUCUGUUCCUCUCUCCUUCUAGCAAAAGCUUCUCCUGUCCUUUCUUUCAAGUUUUGACUGAGAAAAAAAGCACAAAGCCUUUGUCUGACACAUUUUACUAGAUUGGGUUGUUCUUGAUUAUGGCUGUAAGGGCUACAAGGCGAUUAUUGAGAGAUGUUUUGUACAAAAGGUUAAUUUCAAGUCCUGUUGGAGGUGUUAGACACUGUUCUUCUGUUGCAGAAGCUCCUCCUAAAAUCCCUCACUUCUCCAGAAAAGGAAGGCUUUUGACGGGACUCACCAUAGGAUUCGUCAUUGCUGGAGGAGCUUACGUAAGUACUGUGGAUGAAGCAACUUUCUGUGGUUGGCUAUUCAAUGCAACAAAACUAGUGAAUCCAUUUUUUGCCCUCCUAGAUGCUGAGGUUGCUCAUAGAUUCGCUGUAUCAGCUGCUGCUCGUGGUUGGGUUCCGAGGGAGAAGAGGUCUGACCCAUCUAUUUUAGAAUUGGAUGUAUGGGGAAGGAAGUUCUCCAACCCUAUAGGUCUUGCUGCUGGCUUUGAUAAAAAUGCUGAGGCUAUUGAAGGCUUGCUUGGAUUAGGUUUUGGCUUUGUAGAGGUUGGCUCUGUUACCCCUGUUCCACAAGAGGGUAAUCCAAAACCACGGAUUUUCAGAUUGCGUAAGGAAGGUGCGAUUAUCAAUCGCUGUGGAUUUAAUAGUGAAGGCAUUGUUGUUGUUGCAAAGAGAUUGGGUGCACAGCAUGGAAAGAGAAUGUUGGAUGAAACUUCAAGCACUUCAUCUUCCCCAAGUGAUGGCAUGAAACAUGGAGGCAAAGCUGGACCUGGCAUUCUUGGGGUUAAUCUUGGAAAGAACAAGACCAGUGAAGAUGCUGCCGCAGAUUAUGUACAAGGGGUUCAUACGUUGUCCCAGUAUGCUGAUUACUUGGUUAUUAAUGUUUCAUCGCCCAAUACUCCUGGAUUGCGUAUGCUCCAGGGAAGAAAACAAUUAAAGGACCUUGUGAAGAAGGUUCAAGCUGCUCGUGAUGAAAUGCAAUGGGGCGAGGAAGGCCCACCUCCUUUGCUUGUGAAGAUUGCACCUGACUUGUCCAAGGAAGACCUUGAAGACAUUGCAGCAGUUGCUCUUGCACUCCGUUUGGAUGGACUGAUUAUAUCAAAUACAACCAUAUCAAGGCCAGACUCAGUAAGGAACUACCCAGUGACUGAGGAAGCAGGUGGUUUAAGUGGCAAGCCUCUAUUCGAUCUAUCUACCGAUGUGUUAAAAGAGAUGUAUAUUUUGACAAGGGGAAAGAUUCCUUUAAUAGGUUGUGGGGGUAUUAGCAGUGGUGAGGAUGCAUACAAGAAAAUACGAGGUGGAGCUACUCUUGUUCAGCUUUAUACAGCAUUUGCCUAUGGUGGACCUGCACUAAUUCCUCAGUUAAAGGCUGAACUGGCUGAAUGUUUACGGAGGGAUGGUUUCAAGUCUAUCCUUGAAGCAGUUGGUGCAGAUUAUAGAUAAAUACCAUCUGUGUCUCCAUGUCUUAAUAAGAAUGAUUGGGAAAACAGCUUAUACAACAUAGGGUGCACACCACACAAAAGGUCUUGCAGCUGUCUUUAUUUCAUUUAUGGAGCAAUAAAUUACCUGGUGGCUAAAGAUUUGUUUGGGCUUGGCCCCUCAAGAUCUCUGUUUCUAUUUAUGUUUCCGUGUUUAGGCUGGAGGAGAGAUGUUGACUUCGUCAAAUAGGAGAGCCAUUUUUGGAAGUGAUUGAAUGGGAAAUAAUGGUAAAAGUAGGUUCAUUUUCCAGAGAUCAGGAUAAUUGCAGAAGGCAUGAUUUGAUAUCAGUGGAAUAUCCACUGGUGUACUGACGAGAAUAAUUGUACAGGGCAUGCUUUGAUAAAAAAAAAAAAUGCAUUGAAAGGAGUAAUUGUUAUGGUUUUGAAUUUUUUUCCCCUCAUGUGAAGACUAGAGUUUUGAACAGGCUGACCAAGGGUUCAUGCAUUGUUAUUAGCAGGGUUUAGGUCAUAAGGAGUUAUGUUUAAAAAAAUAGAAUAUUAUGAUAAUUUAUGUUAUUCUUAUAACUUCUAUGUUUUACAAA